AUGAGUGCUCUCAUCCAGAUGCGUGACUCAGCAGGUAAAUUCAUACAAGCUCGCGCUUUACUUGAUACCUGUGCAACAGCUAAUUUUAUUACUGAAAAUUUGACUAAUAAAUUAAAACUUCCUAUGCAAAAUUGUUCUAUUCCAAUCGGGGCUGUUAAUGGAAUGCAAACCCUUUCAAAACAUGUCGUACAAAUAAAUUGUAAAUCUUUAAACGAUAAAUUUCAAAGAACAUUGUCAUUUUUAACCGUUGAUGAAAUUGCAGAAUUAAGUCCGAAUGAAAUGUUUCCACGUAAUAAAAUAUGCAUACCUAAAAACAUAAUACUCGCUGAUCCACAAUUUCACAUACCAAGACCUGUAGAUGUCCUUAUCGGUUCAGGUACCACACUUUCUCUUCUAUCUGUCGGACAGAUUAAUCGCUCACAAAAUGAUUGUGAUUUAAUACUACAAAAAACACAACUGGGCUGGGUCGUAGCGGGGGGAGUCAAUAAUGAUAAAGAUGUAUUUCCUGUAACUUGUCAAUUAACUGAUCUAUCGAGUCAAUUAACCAAAUUUUGGAAUAUUGAAGACCUAGGUUCUAAUGAUUCUCGAUCCUUUGAUGAUUCUACGUGUGAGACCUAUUAUCAAAAUAACACUACUCGCGAUACUGACGGUAGAUAUGUAGUAAAAUUACCCUUUCGCGUAGACGAUGUCGAUUUCGGAAAUUCUAAACAACUAGCUUAUAAAAGAUUUCUAUCCUUACAGAGGAGACUAAAUUCAGAUUCCUCAUUAAAGGCUGAAUACAUUAAAGUCAUGAACGAAUAUAUCGAUCUUGGCCACAUGGUACACGUACCGGAUGAUAGUGGACCUGGGUAUUAUAUGCCCCAUCAUCCGAUAAUUAAAACAUCUAGUACUACCACCAAGGUACGCGUUGUAUUUGAUGCUUCAGCUAAAACCGAUAAAGGUAUCUCAUUGAAUGAAGUUCUACUAACUGGACCUACUAUACAAGACAAUCUCUUCACUAUUAUUUUGCGUUUCCGCACCUUUGUUUAUGCUAUGACUUCUGACAUCGCUCAAAUGUAUCGGCAAAUCUGUAUUCAUCCGGAUCAUCACAAAUUUCAACGAAUUCUUUACUAUCAUAAUAACAAUAUUAGCACUUUUGAACUUAAACGAGUUACGUUCGGGGUUUCUGCAGCCCCAUUUUUAGCUAUACGCACCGUAAACCAACUUGCUGAUGACGAAUCUCAUAAUUUUCCUGUAGCUUCAAAAAUAUUAAAACGAGAUCUUUAUGUCGAUAAUCUACUAACUGGAUCUAAUUCUUUGACCGAAAUUUUAAAAUUGCGUGAUGAAAUCAUUCAACUGGUGCGAAAAGGUGGAUUUGAACUCAGACAAUGGGCUUCAAAUCAUCGACAUGCACUGGAUAAUUUCGAUCAAAGAACUUUAGAUUUAGAUUGUGCUAUCAAUGAUGAUCCAAUUUCUAAAACUUUAGGCAUUGCAUGGAAUUCUCUAACGGACGAAUUUAUUUACACAGUCAAACCAAUUGACUCGUCGCGAAAAAUAACUAAGCGAACCAUCUUAUCUGAUAUUGCAAAAAUUUUCGACCCUAUCGGAAUUCUGGGUCCUAUAGUAUUAGCGGCAAAAACUAUCAUUCAAGAAUGUUGGAAAUUAAAGGUCCACUGGGACGAAGCGGUCCCACAAGAGCUACAUUUACACUGGUGUAAAUUUGCUGAACAAUUACCUCUGAUUAAAGAUUUUUCUAUUGAGCGCAAUAUUUUACUUCCCAAUCCGACUGACAUACAAUUGCACGGAUUUUGUGACGCUAGUAAAGUGGGCUAUGGUGCUUGUAUUUAUAUAAGAUCAGUAAAUGAACGCGGAAACAUACUCACAAAAUUAGUUUGUUCUAAAUCUCGAGUUGCUCCCAUCAAAGAUGUUACAAUUCCAAAAUUAGAAUUAUGCGGAGCAUUAUUACUUGCUAAAUUAUAUAAAGACACAAUUCCCUCCUUUGACUUUGAUAUUUCUAAAGUUACGUUUUGGUCUGAUUCAACUAUUGUACUUCAAUGGCUCAAACGGUCUCCCUAA